UCAGCGGCGGCCGUGUGAUGGCGGCGGCGGGGCGCCGGCAGCCGCGGUGGCUGAGGGCGCCGGGGGGGCUGUGCCGCUCCUAACUCGGCGUCAGGCCCCUGCGCCAUGGCCAGGAGCCGCGGCGGGCGGCUGGCCUGAAGCGACGACGACGACAGCGGAGGGCGCGGCAGUGCCGAGAGGACCCCGCCGCGGGGGCCGCGACCCUCACCGCCGGGCAUGUUGCGGUGGGUCCGGCAGCAGCUGGGUUUUGACCCACCACAUCAAAGUGAUACAAGAACUAUUUAUAUAGCAAAUCGUUUUCCCCAGCAUGGCCAUUAUGUUCCUCAGAAGUUUGCAGACAACAGAAUCAUAUCAUCCAAGUAUACAGUGUGGAAUUUUGUUCCAAAAAACUUAUUUGAGCAGUUCAGAAGAGUAGCCAACUUUUAUUUUUUGAUUAUAUUUUUGGUUCAGCUCAUGAUAGAUACCCCUACCAGUCCUAUUACCAGUGGAUUGCCAUUAUUCUUUGUAAUAACUGUGACAGCCAUAAAACAGGGUUAUGAAGACUGGCUACGACACAAAGCAGACAAUGAAGUAAAUGGUGCUCCAGUUUAUGUUGUUCGAAGUGGUGGCCUUGUAAAAACCAGAUCUAAAAACAUUCGGGUCGGGGACAUUGUCAGAGUAGCCAAAGAUGAGACUUUUCCUGCUGAUCUGGUGCUUCUGUCAUCUGAUCGAAUUGACGGUUCGUGCCAUGUUACUACCGCAAGUUUGGAUGGAGAGACCAAUCUUAAGACACAUGUUGCAGUCCCAGAAACAGCGGUAUUACAGUCCGUUACCAACCUGGACAAACUUGUAGCUGUUGUAGAGUGUCAGCAGCCAGAAGCAGAUCUAUACAGAUUUGUUGGAAGAAUCACUGUAAGUCAGCAAACUGAAGAAAUUGUACGACCUCUUGGGCCUGAAAGUCUCUUACUUCGUGGGGCAAGAUUAAAAAACACUAAAGAAAUAUUUGGUGUUGCAGUGUAUACAGGUAUGGAGACAAAGAUGGCAUUAAAUUACAAGAGUAAAUCUCAGAAACGGUCAGCAGUAGAAAAGUCCAUGAAUUCCUUUUUGAUUAUUUAUCUAAUAAUUCUCCUCUUUGAAGCCAUUCUGAGCACCAUUUUAAAGUAUGCAUGGCAAGCUGAAGAAAAAUGGGAUGAGCCUUGGUACAAUGGAAAAACUGAGCAUGAAAGAAACAGCAGUAAGAUUCUGAGAUUUAUUUCAGAUUUUCUUGCUUUUCUGGUACUUUACAAUUUUAUCAUACCUAUUUCACUUUAUGUGACCGUUGAGAUGCAGAAAUUCCUUGGAUCUUUUUUUAUUGGCUGGGAUCUUGACCUCUAUCACAAAGAAACAAACCAGAGAGCACAAGUAAAUACUUCAGACCUCAAUGAGGAAUUAGGACAGGUAGAGUAUGUGUUUACAGACAAAACUGGUACAUUAACUGAAAAUGAGAUGCAGUUUCGGGAGUGCUCCAUUAAUGGCAUAAAGUACCAAGAGGUCAAUGGUAAACUAACUCCAGAGGGGUUUUCUGAAGAUUCACCAGAUGGGAAUAGGCAUAGUUUGAUGAAAGAGGAAGAACUUUUCUUGAAAGCAGUUUGUCUUUGUCAUACAGUGCAGAUCAAUGCAGAUCAAACAGAUGGUGUUGAUGGUCCCUGGCAUGCCAAUGGAAUAGCAUCUCCAUUGGAGUAUUAUGCUUCUUCACCAGAUGAGAAGGCUUUAGUUGAAGCUGCAAGCCGAGUUGGAGUAGUAUUUACUGGAAUUAGUGGGGACAGUAUGGAAGUAAAAAGUCUGGGUAAACCAGAAAGGUAUAAAUUGCUUCAUGUUUUAGAGUUUGAUCCAAAUCGCAGACGAAUGAGUGUCAUUGUAGAGAGUCCCUCAGGGGAAAAACUUUUAUUCACAAAAGGAGCAGAAUCUUCCAUUCUUCCUCGUAGUAAGAGUGGGGAAAUAGACAAAACGAGGCUACAUGUGGAUGAGUUUGCUUUGAAAGGGCUAAGAACUUUGUGCAUAGCCUACAGAAGGUUCACACCUGAGGAGUAUCAAGAAAUUGGCAAACGCCUUCAUGAGGCCAGAACUGCCUUACAACAACGGGAAGAAAGAUUAGCAGAUGUGUUCAACUUCAUAGAAAGGGACCUGGAAUUACUUGGAGCUACUGGAGUAGAAGACAAACUGCAGGAUAAAGUCCAAGAAACUAUAGAAGGCCUCAGAUUGGCUGGUAUCAAAGUGUGGGUACUCACUGGAGAUAAGCACGAGACGGCUGUGAGUGUCAGUUUAUCAUGUGGACACUUUCAUAGAACCAUGAACAUCCUUGAGCUUGUGCAACACAAGUCAGACAGUACAUGCGCCGAGCAGCUGAGGCAGCUAGCCAAGAGAAUAAAGGAAGAUCAUGUAAUCCAGCAUGGACUGGUUGUGGAUGGGACCAGCCUCUCUCUUGCACUCAGGGAACAUGAAAAACUGUUCAUGGAAGUUUGCAAAAAUUGUUCUGCAGUGCUGUGCUGUCGCAUGGCACCUCUUCAGAAAGCAAAGGUAGUGCGACUGUUAAAAACCUCUCCGGAGAAACCCAUAACGUUAGCAAUCGGGGAUGGUGCUAAUGAUGUGAGCAUGAUACAGGAGGCACAUGUGGGCAUAGGCAUCAUGGGCAAGGAAGGAAGACAAGCUGUAAGAAAUAGUGACUAUGCAAUAGCACGGUUUAAAUUCCUCUCCAAGUUGCUUUUUGUUCAUGGGCACUUUUACUAUAUUAGAAUAGCAACCCUUGUACAGUACUUUUUUUAUAAGAAUGUGUGCUUUAUUACACCACAAUUUUUAUAUCAGUUCUUCUGUUUGUUUUCACAACAAACACUCUAUGACAGUGUAUACCUGACUUUGUACAAUAUUUGUUUCACUUCCUUGCCUGUCCUCAUAUACAGUCUUUUUGAACAGCAUGUGCAUCCGCAUGUACUGCAGAGUAAACCUGUGCUCUAUAGAGACAUCAGUAAAAAUGCCCAUCUGGGGUUUAAACCAUUUCUUUACUGGACCGUGUUGGGCUUCUUUCAUGCAUUUGUUUUCUUUUACGGCUCAUAUCUUCUAAUGGGAGAAGAUACUUCUCUGCUGGGAAAUGGCCAGAUGUUUGGAAACUGGACAUUUGGUACUUUGGUCUUCACCGUUAUGGUUAUAACCGUUACGAUGAAGAUGGCACUAGAAACUCACUUCUGGACAUGGAUAAACCAUUUUGUUACUUGGGGAUCCAUUGUAUUUUAUUUCAUAUUCUCCUUGUUUUAUGGGGGAAUUAUCUGGCCAUUUUUGCAUACCCAGGACAUGUACUUUGUAUUUGUUCAACUGUUGUCAAGUGGUUCUGCUUGGUUUGCCAUAAUCCUCAUAGUAAUUGCUUGUUUGUUUAUUGAUGUUGUGAAGAAAGUGCUGUACAGACAUCUACAACCAACAAGUACUGAAAAAGCUCAGCUUGCUGAGGCAGGUUCAGGUAUCAACUGCUUGGACUCCAUGUGCUGCUUCUCAGAUGGGGAAACAGCAUGCACAUCUGUUAGAAGAAUGCUGGACCGACUGAUGGGAAGAUGUAGCCCAACCCGGGUCAACAGGUGUGGCUUUUCUCUCAAUAGCCUUUGCUGCAGACGAUUCUCCUAUAAACUGGAACCCGAUGAGCCUGCAGCAAUAGAUGUCUAGCCAACCAGCUGCAGGUUUUGCUUGUUAAAGUAGGAAAUGCAACUCUUUAUUGUACUUUUUUUCAUCCCAAAAGAUGAUUUCCUUGUUUCUUUCCGAGCGCUUUCUCUUGGGAUGGGGAAAAACGGUUUUCAAAAGAUUUCUGUUACAACGUUUAGUUUGGCUUCCUGCAAGUUCUUGUGUUGUAUCUGUCGUAAUUUCUCUUGAUUUGUACAUCCUUCUCUUUAGGAAAUCAAGCCUUGCUACUGGUUUUGUUCUCCUUUUGCUGAUUUUUCUUUUGCCUUCACGAAUCAGGAGUUGUUUGUAAAGUGGAAAGACUUUUCCCUUUGGUUUUUGAUGUACGACCUCCAAAUAUUUACCUUGGAGCUUGCAUUACUCUUGAAGAUAUACAAAAGGCUCACACUCCCCCCCCAACCCCCCCCCCACCCUUAAAUAUAACCUCAUUGUUAGAAGGAGAGUCUUUAAAUCUUUCAGCCAUCGAUUGAUAUGAAGAUGAAAUAUUUUUGUAGUAUAACUUUUGUAAUCUAUUUCUAAAACCAGAGUAAUUGACAGAACAGAGCCUUCAGGUUCUAAGAAUUUUAAAUGUUUUUUUCAGUUCUAGAAGGUAUGUUGUCAAAAUCACGUGUGCCAUUCCAAAGUAUGUGCUAAAUAAAUCUUCUUCCUUCGCCACGUGUGAAACAAACCAACCUCAAUGAGAUAAAAGCACGUUAGAGUAAUAGGAUGCCUCUGAGGAGCAACUCUGCUCCUGCAGCCAGCAUCGCUGAGAAAAGCUCUCACUAAAUCUGCUGAUGUGCUAUCUCCCCAUUUCUAAACAAAGAGGGAUACCUGUCAAACGCAGAAAUAUUUGGGGGUAGAAAUAAACCAGUCUUUUGCACGUCAUAAUAUCUCAGUCCCUGAAUGACGUCAUGGUCCCUCACUGGUCAAAAGGCAAACCUGAGGAAGUGGCGCUUUACGCAUUCUCGUGGCAGCUCAUUUUGUGUUUGACCAACUCUGUCUCUCUUGGUUAAAGUAUCAUUCAUUCAGUAUAAAACCUGUGUGGGUAAUUUCCCCUGACAAGCCUUGUCAGUUCUGAUUCUGCCUUUAGGUAUUGCCUUGGUCUGUAGCACAUCUCUGUUCUGAACUCCUGUGUUGGGCACGGUGUCUGUGGUUUCAGUCAGUUUCUCUCUCUGGCUUGCUUAGGAAAUUUAUUCAACGUUUCUACAAAUCUAGGGUAUGAUUAUGCAAAGUGUUUCAUUCCAUAUGACAAAUGAACUGUCACAAUGAAGUACAUUCUGAAUUCCAACUCUUGCUGUGUAGAAAGCGGGCAUGAUGUAUCAAAUAAACAAUUUAAUAGAAUUUGUAAUCUACAA